GUAUCCUGGAUACGCAAACGUGACUUACAUAUACUCACCGUCGGCAUACUCACCUACACAAAUGAUCAACGAUUUCAAUCGCUACACACCGAAGGCUCGGACGAGUGGACAUUGAGGAUAUCAUCGCCACAGCCCAGAGAUUCCGGCACAUACGAAUGUCAAGUGUCCACAGAGCCGAAGAUAAGUCAAGGCUUUCGACUGAAUGUUGUUGUUUCUCGCGCAAAAAUUCUUGGCAAUUCGGAACUUUUCAUCAAAAGCGGCAGCGACAUAAAUCUCACCUGUCUUGCCAUGCAAUCGCCCAUACCGCCCUCCUUUAUUUAUUGGUAUAAGGGUAAACGUGUGAUGAAUUAUUCACAACGAGGCGGCAUCAAUGUCAUAACGGAACGUUCGACGCGCACCAGUAAAUUAUUGAUAGCGAAGGCAACGCCAGCCGAUUCGGGGAAUUAUACAUGUUCGCCGAGCAGUUCAGACUCUGCUUCGGUGGUGGUGCACGUCAUCAAUGGUGAACAU